CCUAGAUACUAUUCGUAACACAAAGAGAAAGUAAAAACAAGCAGACAUCUCCAGACUAUGGCUGGUGGUGGAUGAUCUCGUUAUGGCUAUGAGAAGUCAGAGCUGUUCCAGUGAAAUCAUGUCGGUUACGUCUGCUAGAGAUAAAUUUGAAGCUGCUGUCAAAGUUAUAAGGAGCUUACCUAAAAAUGGGUCCUUUCAGCCUUCAAAUGAGAUGUUGUUGAAGUUUUAUGCCUUCUACAAACAAGCAACAGAAGGUCAUUGCACAGCUCCGAAACCAAACUUUUGGGAUGUGGUCAAGAAAGCCAAAUGGGAAGCAUGGAAUAAACUUGGAAAGAUGUCCAAGGAGGAAGCAAUGUCAUGUUACGUGGAUCAACUAAAAACAGUGAGUAAACAAGCUAUUGUUGAGGCCAUGCCACAGACUCAGUUAGUUGCUGAAUUUGUUGAGAAACUCGGCAAUUUUUAUGAAUUGGUUGAUGACAAAGCUAUUGGUGAGAAAUCUGAAGAAAAUGUUCGAAAGCUGAAUGGAGAUGUGGCAAAUGGUGAUGUCUUCAAGUCAGAGCCAAUUGCAUUAACAAAUAAAGAUCUCUUUCCUCGAAAUGAGGCUUUUGUGCACUUUUCCAAUGAUGUGUCAUCAAAUUCAAGUGUGGUUCCAGAAUUGGGUUUAGAUUGUACUCCUGCUGUAACCAAGAAGACAGCCUCAGGUCAUCAUCAUCAUAACAACAACAACAAUAACAACAACAACAACAACGGCAACAGCAGCAACAACAAUAACAACCAUAAUGACCACUCACGAGCUCAUUUGAACCAUCGGUACAACCACAGUAACGAAAAUGAUUCUGGUAAUGACACGGGUGAAAUCAGGAGUGAGAAUGGGGAUGAGAGAGAAACUCCAAUGACCGAUGAUUCAUUAUUGCCUAUUGCAGGUCAUCAAGUGACCAGCGACACAGACAGUGAUGUUGAAUAUUGUGACACCAUUGACACGCUGCAGGAUGUGUCGGAGGCUAUUGAUGUCUUAAGUUCAACAACCAGCAGUGAUAAUGAAGCUGUAUUUACACAGUCACCAGUGAAAAUGAAGAGGGAUGACCCUGACUAUAACACCCUACACCAGUCUGCCAACACAGUGCUUGCAGGAAUUCAAACAUCAACCAACAUCACUGCCAGGUCGGUGCAACCUGACUUGAUGGUGAUGGCCAACGCGAAUCCUUAUGCCUAUGUACCAAAUCAUCGUAAAUUCUCUUCAGACAGUAUGGCCGUGAACAUCGCUUCGAGGCAGUCAGUCAGUGAGGUUGAUCACGAAUGCUUUGUUAAUGGUAUACCUCAAGAUGAGCACCAACCGAGACCACCAGCUGCUGGACACGAUGCUGAAAUGGAUGUUACUGUACGUGGUGGAGAAGAAGAAGGACCUUCUCGCCGAUCAUCCAGGAGAGUUUCCAGCAGCAGUUAUGGUAUUUCCUCAAGGAACAUGGGAAGAGGUCAAGGAGAUAUAGGAUACUAUCCAGGAGGUGUUCACAUACCAUAUCUUGGAAGUGGUGCUGGCGGGGCAGGACAGCCACGUGGCAGUGUUGCUAUGGUGAUGAAUCCACCAAACUGUGUUACAGAACAAAUUGCUUUAGCAUUGUCACGGCUUCAGACUGAUCUAGUAGCUGUGCUUGACCGGUUGGAUACACUGGAAGAAGGUCGUAGAAAGGAGAAAACUAUUUCCUCCUGGUGGCCUUUCCAAGAUAUUUCUUUCAAGACAUUUCUUUUCUUCACUUUGUGGCCAGUUUUGGUUCACUGGAUGUUUCACAUCGCCUCAAAACGCCGGCAGCAGAGAUAAGCUUAAUUAUAUUCUUCUGCAUCAUCCAAUUCAGCUGUGAUAUCUGUCGAAUCUAGUUGAUGAGUCAGUCUUCAAGGCCCAAACAUGUCUGUUGGAAAGAAUUAAAAAAAAACAACCAAUGAUGCCACACUGUAUAAGACUUGUCGUGCCAUAUCAGAACACCACCUCAUAUAACCAUCACCUCACACCUCUGUAUAAGGUUAACGAACAACAAAAUACCACCACACUAUAUAAUACUGCUAUGUACUACAUUAGACUACCAUAACACAUAAGAUGUAAGACUAUCAUAACACGUAAGAUGAUCACACUACAUUGUACCAUCUCAUGAAAUAACAAAACAGCUCUAUGUAACACUACUAAAUAACAUAAUGUCACCAAGUCACACCAUGUUAGUAUCUCUAUGUGAUGAGCUAAUGAAAUUGUUAACAUAGUCACUCCAUCUGCUAGAAAUAGCAGCCAAAUCUUCCUCAUAUCCUACUAUUUUAUACUAGCAAAAAUGUCCCUUUUGGCUAGUGUAGUCUAUGGUCUGCUGUGUACCAUAACAGAAUUGUAAUGGUUGGAAUGCUUUUGAUCAUAGGUUUAGUCAUUCCAUCUGCUAGAAAUGGCAGUCAAACCUUCCUCUGAUCCUAUCUCUUUUUUU